CGGAAGUACACGGUCACUUGUCAAGGGAGACAAUCCGUCACGACACAUGAAAUGAAACCGGUUAGGUGAUAGUGAAAAUUACACGUAGUGAGUUUAAGUCAUGGGGAAGGGUCCGUUUAUAGUGAUUUUAAGAAUAAUUCACUACGUUGUAGCCCUGACCACGUUCGUUAAACAAUGGCUGCUGAAAUACCCGGUGUUUCCAUUCAAGAAAACAGACAUUGCCAGUGUUCAGUCUGAUGCAAGAAAAUUGAAGAAACUUCCAUUACAUUUAGGACUGUUAGUGUUAGAGGACGAGUUCUCAUACGCAGAUAUUGCUAGGUUAAUAUUGUGGUCAUCAGCGAUGGGAAUAUCAUUUGUCAGUGUGUAUGACGUAAAUGGCCUGGUGAAAUUUAAUGAAAAAGUACUUGCAGCAGAAGUGCAGAAGCAGAAAGGUCUACGAACAGAUUCAGAGAAAAUAAAAACUGACAUUUACAUAUGUUGUGGAAUUAAAAGAGUCGAUGCAAAGCGUCUUAGCUCACCGCAGACCACAGUGUUCCUUUUAUCGAUGGAUGAUGGGUUUCAGUCGAUCGUAAACAUUACCAGAAGUAUAUAUAGUCGAGUAAAAUGUAAACAGAUGAAAGUGUCCGAGAUAGAUCCUCAUUCCUUAGAUACUGUAUUCCAAGAAGAGACUGGCUACCCAGAUCCUGACAUGGUUAUUAGGUUUGGUCAGACAGAAUCCCUGCUUGGCUUCAUGCCUUGGCAAGUGCGGCUCACCGAAAUAUUGUCAUUACCAUCUCAUCAAUGUCUAGAAUACAAAACAUUUAGGUCGGUGCUUCUCAGUUAUGGCAAUACACAGCAGCGAUUUGGAAAAUAACUCAGACACCAGUCGGCAACUUGCCAAAAGUUUUUGUCACAAUAUUUCAUGCGUCAGUGUGAUUGAUGAUGAAGGCUGGAAGAAGUUACAGCAAAGAAGUUCCUAUUCAUUUGCUGGAAGAAUAAAUGAAGAUUAUGUUUCAUUCACAGUCAAUCAUGCACAAAUGCAGUUUUAUGCCCUCACUUUAAUGAUUGGCGGCAUAUAGGUAUGCCCAAGUCUGUCGGUUGGAUUUUUGUGUCCUGCAUACUUCGAAAAGUUUAACAGCUUUACUGGUGAAACUGAAUACUACAUGAAUUCAUAUCAACUUGUAAAUUUGAGCAUUUGGGUAUUUUAAGUGAUUGUUUUGAACAUCUGCAAAGUUUUGAAACAAAAGUGCAAUAUAUGUACAUCCUUGUCACCCAGAUGCACAAAUUUGUUUAAAAAUAUUGUGUCAUGACCUCAAAAUGUAAUUGGUGUUGUGUCCGUUCUUGCAAGAAAAAUCCGUAAUGGCAUUUUGUUUAAGAAAGAAAAUCUGCUGAAGCUAAAAAUUUAAUGUGUGAUGGUGUGUAUGUUUGUUUGGUUGUUCAGUCAUAUCAGUUAUUAAUAAUAUUUUUUUAAAGCUUUGGCCAGUAUUGGUAUAUAAACAUCAAUUUAGAACUAUUUCUUGAAAGUUAGGAGGUUGAAUAAUGAGAAUUGAACAUGUGAUGCAUUAAACAAUUUAACACUAAUGACUUGACUUAAAUGCUAUAUGCUUUAAAAUAUUUGAUUUCUAAGAUGCAAGUUAUUUUGGAAUUAUGUAAAUUUCACUGGCGUUAAACCAUAUUUUUCUCAUGAGUGGUUUACUGCAGACAAUUUUUCAUAAACAAAAUGAACCAGUAGACAAAAUUGUGUGACUUCUUAGAAUUUGUAUAUUGACCCACCUGACCAUGACAUCAUGUUUUUUUUGUUGAUUUCUGGUUGUUUAUUGAAAUUUUUGAACAUACUUGAAGAAAGUUUAUUAGCUUUUAUUUUAUUACUGGGUUAGUUAAACAAAGUCAUAGAGGAUAUUUUUCUAUGAUCAUGAGUGAAAUAACAAACGAUCUUACACUGGCAUGAACAAAUUUUCUGUUUCUUUUAUGCCCCUUUUUCAAGAAAAUAAUUAACAGCUGUUUCCCUUUUGCUGAAAAGUUACCCUUUCUCGGAGUUUCUCCCGUGGCGUGCCUCAAAACAUUACAAAAUGACGUCAUUAGUGUGACAAAAUGACGUCAUUAUACCAGCGAAAUUUUCCAGUUAAACUCUUUUACAAUGUACAAAAACGGUGAAAAAGCAUAAAAUACAUUGAAAAUGUGUUGGAUUCGGUGGAAUAUCGAUUUUAAUUCACUCGUGAUCAUAGAAAAUAUAUAUAAAAUAAUUUAUAAUGAUCUAAAAAUAGAAAAAGGAGUUCCAAACAUUUGUUCUUUUCAUCGGUGAAAUUAACAAUUUGUUCUUUUCACUGCUGUUUUUUCACUGCAGAAAUGUCCUAUUUUAUCAUUAGGUAUAAAAGAAAAUUGUUUAUUUAUAUUCCUGGCAUUACUUUAAUAUUUUCUCCAGCCCCCUUGCAAAAAGCUUGAUAUAGCUCAUAAAAUGGUUUAGUGUAUUUGUAUGUGCACAUGUGUAGGCCCUUGUCAAGACUGGUACUUCAUCAUUUAUUGUGCAUUAAUAAAAUAACUAAAUGCAAAUUUUCAACAUCAUGAGAAAACAUGCAGAUUGUAACAACCUUCACCUUUUGACCACAAAUGUCUACGGUCAAGGUCAUGCUUAGAGGUCGAUUGUCAAAUUUGGCAAUAAAACAUCUUGUGCAGACUGUAACUGUGUCAUAUUGUCAUGUGUAACAACAGUCUCCCUACCUGAAAGGUCAAGGUCACACUACAAAGUCUUAAGGUCAAUACAUUUUGCCAUAAAAGGCUUUUCCAGACUGUAAAUUCAACAUGCAACUUUAAAAUAAAUUUCCUAAAGUGUUAACCUUUUGGAUGAGGGGGAGUGUGCCCUUAGGCAAAGGGCACAUUUAAGGCCAAAGGUAAAACAUGUGCAUGGUUCUGGUUGUUAAAUGAUUAAAAGCAUUAUUGAAAAUUGGCCUGACAUGUUGGGAUCAUGUAUCUAGUAAGUCUGAUAUUGUUUAAAAAACUAUGCAUUUAAUAAACCUCUUGUAAAGUGAUCAGUGUAUAUGUUCAAUUAUAUACAUUUAUCAGUGAUUUAAAUCAGCAAAAGGCAGGAAGCCCCUACACAAGGUAAUUUCAAAGAAUCAAUCAGUUUUAUUCAGAUGGGCUUGUAACAUUCAUUGUUUUUCUUUCGCUUGAUUAUUAACAUAUGUGGGUUUUAUUGAUAAGUCUGCUACUUAAAUGACUGCAAUUAUUUGAUGUACAUGUAGCAGGCAUGCAUACAUAUUUGAAAGGGCAUUUGUGCUUACUGUAAUACACAGACUAGUUUUUAAGAAAGCUUGGCACAUGUAACUAUGCCUAGUUGUUACAAAUAUUACUUAUUAUUAGUGACAUUUGUUAUUAGAACCUUAGUGCUUUUGUUAGCUAUAAUUCAAUUUAUUAUUGCAUGUGUACGCUAAUAUUCAACACUGAAUUUGACAAUUCUCUCUUACCUGCUCAUCAGAUGGUUGUUUGGUUAUUCUGGACCCUUAUUAUAUUACCAUAGGUUAGUUUGUUUUGGAAUAUAAGAUCAUGAACGUGUAAAUUCUUUCACAUUUUCACUCGCUUCCUGUUGAGUGUGCACUGACUUGUGGCCAUCACGAGUUAAACUAGACUUUGUACUCGCAUGGAAGAUUAAUAUACUUGAGAGAAAUCCUGUGUAAUUGAUGUAUCAAGUUUUGAUGAGGAUAUUACAUUUUAUGUUUAAAAGUUAUUGCUUCAUUAUGACAUCCAAUCAUGAUACGUUCACGUAUUAUGUGAACAUGAAAAUGUAGGUUAACAAAGGGGAAUGCUUUCACACAAAUAGAACACUUUUUGAAGUAAUUAAAUAGUCGUUAAACAAAAUAGUUGAUUUCUGUCCUUCAAAUAUAUUGGAAUUAUAUGGUUAUAGAGACUUCCUUAGUUUCUAGACAUUCUUACAUGCAAUCUGUAUUCUAGCGAGAGUUUUCUUACAAACAUUCACAAACAUAUUCAUUAGAUAUACAUUUUUUAGAGAAAUACUAUUGAUAAUACAUCAUUUUGACCUAUCCCAUACUAUGAUUGAGUCGAAACAACAUGGCAAGCCAAUUGAAAAAGGAAGUGACUGUAAUCUGUAAUUUGCAUAAUCUUCCAUUGAUGAAUCUGUGCUAUGUGCAAAACUUGUUUAACCCUUUCAGUGCGGGAACCAAAUUUUGAAGGCCUUUGCAAACAGUUUGGAUCCUGAUGAGACGCCACAGAACGUGGCGUCUCAUCAGGAUCCAAACUGUUUGCUAUUCUGAUAGUAUUCUUUGAAAAAAAUCGAACAAAAUGCUAAUUUUAGAAAUUCAGCAGACGACAUUUUAGCAGAAGACAAAUUACCCAGCAUGCAAAGGGUUAAUUCUAAUGCAUUUAAUCAUAGUGCUGUUGCCAUUCUGUUUGUUGCAAUACAUGGUGUUUGUUACAUGUUUGAUUUCAAUAAAUAAUUCAAACACAAUGAUCUUUAAAAAUAUAUGUCUCUUGACUCGAAUAAAUGGUAAUUAUGCUGUGAAUAAAUGUUUGCAUUAUGAAUUGUAUGUCUGACAUAAAUUGUGUAUUUGGUGGGUGUUUAAAAAUCAUGUCAUUUGUCAUGCGUCACAUAGGUUUACAAUUUAAAGUUGUAUAUUAAUAUAUUUUGUUAAUGUAUAUAAAAACCAAGAUAAGAAAAGAAAUAAAGGUGUCGCACUUUA